UUCCUUUUUCUUCUCUCACCCAAACCCAUCGUUUAUUGAUUACAGAGAGGUAAUUGUUUUAUUGAGGCGAGGGGAGGUAAGGGAUAACAUGUGAGCAGUCAGUACUUUGUCACGAGGAUGCGGAAGAAAUCGAAAGAUGGCGGCCAAACGCGCUAAAGUUGAAGAAGAUGAAGACCCUUCAGUUACAGUUUUUAGGGAGUAUUUGAGGAUAAAAACUGUUCAACCAAACCCGGACUAUGAUGGCGCCGUUCUUUUUCUUGAGAGGAUUGCUAAGGAACUCGAUCUCGCAUUUAAAUGUGUAAAGAAUGCUGAGUCAGGUAAAGUUGUGGCAGUUGUCAUUACUUGGAAAGGAAAAGAGCCUGAUUUACCAUCCAUCAUGUUAAACAGUCACAUAGAUGUUGUUCCAGUGUUUCCAGAACACUGGACAUACGAUCCCUUCUCUGCCCACAAGACUGAAAAUGGUGAUAUUUUUGCCCGUGGAAGUCAGGAUAUGAAAUGUGUUGGCAUCCAGUACAUUGAAGCAAUAAGAAAGCUCCAAUCACAGCAGUUUACCCCACGUAGAACAAUUCAUGUCACAUUUGUUCCAGAUGAGGAGAUUGGUGGAGUAGAUGGAAUGGAAAAAUUUGUGGAAAUGGAUGAUUUUAAAUCUCUCAAUGUUGGUUUUGCUUUGGAUGAAGGGCUUGCAAACCCAACAGAUGCAUUCACAGUAUUUUAUGGGGAAAGAUCUGUUUGGUGGUUGAAAGUUAUUUGCAAAGGUCCUCCUGGUCAUGGUUCCAGAUUUGUGGAGGACACAGUUGGAGAGAAGAUGUGCAAGAUUGUACAGUCCUUUAUGUCUUUCAGAGAAGAACAGAAGAAAAGGUUGAACUCCAAUCCUGAUCUGAAGCUUGGUGAUGUAACUACAGUGAACUGGACAAUCACUGAGGGUGGAGUGCAAGCUAACGUCAUUCCAGCAGAAAUGUCUGCAGUGUUUGACAUCAGAAUCACCCCAACAAUGGACUUUGUGGAACUUGAGAACAAAAUAAAGCUGUGGUGUAAUGAAGCAGGAGAAGAUGUAUCAUAUGAAUUUUUACAGAAAGCAAAUAACUACAAUUUGACACCGACUACUGAAGAUGACCCUUGGUGGAAAGCCUUCAGUACCACUUGCAAGAAAAUGAACAUGAAAAUAGAGAAAGAGAUUUUCCCUGCUGGAACUGAUAGCCGUUUUUUACGCGAGCUGGGUCUUCCCGCAAUCGGUUUCUCGCCAAUGAACAACACACCGAUUCUUCUCCAUGACCAUGAUGAAUUCCUCAACGAGAAAGUUUUUCUGCACGGAAUAGAAAUCUAUUGCGAGUUGUUAACAGCUCUGGCAAAUGUGCAACCAUUUUGAACUAGAAGAUUACGUAACUAGACGCAUAUUUGCGUUCACUCGGGCUUUCUGUUGGAAAGAAACUUUGUUUUUUUCUAUGUGCCUAAGUUUCUUUUGUGCAAUUAUUAGUUUAUCCUGGAACUGUUUCGUGUCUGAUUUUGCACCGCGAAAGCUCCUCUUCGUCCGCCACUACACCAUGUGCUCAUCAGUCAAAAGUCGCGCAUACGUCAAAGUCAAAAGGUUGCGCAUGCGUGAUGAGGACUUGGUUACGUUUUGCCCAAUUUAUAACUCGGGAAGCCCGAGUAAUAAAAAUAAAGAGAUGAUAUCACAACGAUUUAUUUGAAA